AUGGCGUGUUCUAAAUACAUAUCAACAAAGGAAACAACGCAUGCUGCCCGUGUUUCCCGGUUAUUAGUGGAUCCCUGUACUGACCUAUUCAGGGACAUUCUGAGGAAUCAUGUUACAGAAAUACAGUUCCCAGCUAUCAUUCUUCAGGAAAGAAACAAUUUAAAUCCGAUCUUAAAUAAAGUCCAAAGGGAAACGCUUUAUCCAAAAUCGGGAACUUUCAAUGGAACGUAUGCGGAUUUUGAUUUGUCAUUAUUAUACAUAUUACUGAGAAAUAUAUCAGGAAUUCCGCCUCAUCAAAAGGGAUGGGCCAAAACACCAGAUCCCUUAGAUCGUUCCCUCUCUGCAAACAUCGAUCGAAUCAGAGAAAUCAGAAAUACGUAUUGCGGGCAUGCAGCCAGGGUUUCUUUAACAGAUGUAGAAUUUAAUAAACUUUGGCAAGACCUAACAAUAAUUAUAAGUGAACUUGAGAGCAGUCUUCCCGGAGGAUGUACAACAUACACAGAUGCUGCAAAAGUCAUUAAAAUUGUAACUAUGGACCCGGAGCAGGAGAAAAAGUUUUUAGACGAGAUCGAUAAACACCACCAGACAACAGAUGACUUAAAAGGAAAAAUAACAGAAGUGAUUAUAGAGCAACAGAGACAAGGGACCGAAAUAGAGAAAGUGAAGUUAGAGCAAAUCCUACAGAGAACUGAUUUUCAAUCUGAACAAGAAUGUCAGAAAAAGGAAAUUGAUGACUUGUCAUCAAACCUUUCAAAAUUAGAAAAACUUUCUGAUUAUGAAAGACAGAAUAUCAUUGGUAGUGAAGGAGUGCUACAUGCCAAUCCGACUGACCAAGCAGAUGUGCUAAACAAACAGUUCCAGUCCGUAUUCUCAGAGAAGACACAUAUCAGUACUGAAGAAUUUACUCGUGACUGUCCUAUGAGUGGAAAACACCCAGUUGCACCAGAACUGUACAUUACCCAUAAUGGAAUUCUAAGACUAUUAAAAAAUCUUAAUCCAUAUAGAGCAGCGGGCCCAGAUGGUAUUAAACCUAGAGUACUGAAGGAGCUGGCUGACAGCGUGACCCCUAUUCUCACCAUCAUCUUUAGGAAAUCCCUAAAAAGUGGAGAGAUACAAUUGGAGUGGCGUAAAGCUCAUGUUAGCCCGAUUUUCAAAAAAGGGGAUAGAUACAAGGCUGAGAAUUAUCGACCCAUCACCCUUACAUGUAUCUGCUGCAAGCUUAUGGAACAUAUCAUUACCAGCCAUAUUAUGCAACACGCUGAUACCAACAACAUACUAUACCCACUUCAGCAUGGUUUCCGUAGCAAGAGAUCCUGUGAAUCCCAACUCAUCGAGUUUAUAGAUGACAUAACCAAUCACAUGGCUGCUGGAAAGCAGACAGAUGUUUUGAUCAUAGACUUUUCCAAGGCUUUUGACAAGGUUAGCCAUAGCCUCCUCAUCCAUAAGCUCAGACAUUAUGGGAUCCAGGGAAAAGUGCACAAUUGGAUUGCUAGCUUCCUAUCAAACAGAACACAAGCUGUAGUAGUCGAUGGAGAAAUGUCCAGCUAUGUCAAUGUUGACUCUGGAGUGCUCCAAAGGUCAGUCCUUGGGCCAUGCUUAUUCCUGUUCUAUAUAAACGACAUGCCAGAAGGCCUCAAUGCCACAGUAAGGCUUUUUGCUGAUGAUACUAUCGCAUAUCUUACUGUCACGUCAGAACUGGACACCCAGACACUCCAGGCAGACCUUGAUAAACUGGGCAUUUGCGAAAGAAAAUGGAAAAUGAAAUUCCAUCCUGAUAAAUGUAAUGUUCUGUCAGUCAGCAGGAAGCCAAACCCAAUACAUCACCAAUACAAGCUACAUGGCCAUACUCUAGAACAUGUUAAAAGAGCGAAAUACCUCGGCUGUCUCAUAACAUCAGACUUGAAAUGGAGCGAUCAUAUAAGUAACAUCUGUAGCAAAGGAAACAAGACCUUAGGAUUUCUCCGCCGAAAUUUAAAUAUCAGCUCAACAUCAAUAAAGGAAAAUGCGUACAAGUCAUUAGUUAGACCCCAGUUGGAGUAUGCAGCACCUGUCUGGGACCCCUACACCCAAAAAGACACCCAUAAUCUGGAAAUGGUCCAACGACGUGCUGCACGCUAUGUAAGCAAUAGGCAUGGAAACAGGUCAAGUGUGGACAGCAUGAUACAACAUCUGCAAUGGCAAACACUGGAAGAACGUAGGCGAAUUUCCAGACUCGUCCUGUUUUAUAAGAUCGUUCAUGAUGAAGUUGUCGUUACCAAGCAUGAUCGACUUAUUCCACCACUACGUCGAUCACGACAUACUCACCAAGAAGCCUGCCAACUACCAUCUUGUAAAAGAGACCAUAGAAAAUUCUCGUAUUUCACUCGUUCCAUCAAAGAGUGGAACCACCUACCACCAGAGAUAGUCAUGGCAAAAACACUUGAGACCUUUAAAUCUCAGGUGACCAUCUAUAUGCCAUGA